AUGGUCAGCUGCGUAGCGGUCCUUUUCUGCUGGGUCACCAGUGCCUUGAGGCAUCUGGACCCUGCUGUUCAUUACCUGACCUCAGCUGGUGGCGGGGACACAUUCACCACGGCAUCGUGGCUGCUGCUGGGCCUCCCUCAGCUCUGGCCUGUGGCCAACGUGUCUGCCAUGCUGGAUAACAUGGUGAAACGCAUCUAUGAAGUGAUCAGCAUCCGUGUACAAGAUGUGAACGAGUGUUUGUACGAAGAACUCCAUGCCUGCCCUAUAGGACAGCAGUGUGUGAACGUGGAGGGCUCUUACCAGUGCAUCUCUACUGAGCAGCCUACCUCUUCUUCCCAGGAGCUGAACCACACAGGUGAAGAUUGUCCUCCAGUCCGUGACUUCGUGGCUCUCAACGUCACCAGCAGCAGUUUUCACCUGUCCUGGAGUUUAAAUUCCACUCAGAACCAUACUUUACGCAUUCACGUGUACAGAGAUGGAGAACUGCUCAGGAGCACCUGGACUGGGGGCCGAGCCUUGGCCGUGGCUGGGCUGGAGCCUGGAGUACUGUAUAGGGUGAGGACCAGCUACCAGGGGUGCGGGGACAACGUCUCUGCCACGCUGUUCGUCAAGACAGAUGCCUGGGUUUUUGGAAUCACAAUACGGAUCACGAACCGUAACCUGACGGACCAGCUUCUCAACUGCAGCAGUGAGGCAUUCCUGAACUUUUCCCGAGAGCUGCUUCAUGAGGUGGAAACUGCCUUUCCGCCGGCAAUUUCUGACCUGUCCAGUCGUGGGAAGCUGAGACUACAGCUCGUGAACCUGCAGGCAGGGAGCCUGGUGGUGACACUUAGACUCACCCUGCAAGACCCCGAGUUCCCAGUGGGCGUCUCCAUGCUGAAGCCCAUACUCCAGCUUCUGUCUGCAAGCACCGUGUUCCAGGUGGACCAGCAGGGGACGACAGUACAAGACUGGGAUGAGUGUGCGCAUAGCUCAGAGCACGACUGCUCCCCAGAUGCCCGGUGCAUCAACCUGGAGGGAUUCUACACCUGUCAGUGCCUCACAACCAGGGAUGCCAACCCCUCCCGGGCUGGCCGGGUCUGCAAAGGUGACAUGGUGACCCCCACAGGAGGUGGGCUGUCUACAGCAACCAGAGUCACAGCCCCAGCUGUCAGCGUGGGAGCCACAGCCCUUGGCUCAGAGACCUUCACCUUAUCCUCAAGCCCCAGGAACCCACAGAAUACCCCAAAAGGAGCUCAGGCCCAGACUCCAGGGCCCCCACCCAGAAGAGGGGGCAUUAGCACAGUGGGGCAGGGGAGGAACGGCACAGGUCAAGAUGGCCCACUGGACACUCCUGGGCAGUUACAAGGAGACUCUACCACAGACCCAUCCUUCUGGCCUGCCCUGACCAAAGGCCCCACAGACCAUGUUGUGUGGCAUCCCAGCAUCCCCACUCAGGAGACACCUCUGAACUCUACAAGACUGCAGAAUGAGGGUCCCCCACCAUCCUCUUUCCCAGGCCUGCCAUCAGUCCCAACCCCUGUGGCUCCAGAGCCCUCUGCCUGUGUUCCCGGCCCCAUUGGAAGGGUCACGGUCUCCAACGUGACCCACACCAGCUUUCACCUGGGGUGGUCAGUGGGCCUCAACCCGUCCCCCACCUUCUACCUAACCCUGGUGUCUCCCCGCGGGCCUGCCAUGAACAUGGAGACCCAGGACAGGAAUGUGACCCUGUCGGGGCUGGAGCCUGGAGUCUUGUACCUCGUAGAGAUCGUGGCUAAGGUGUGUGGGAGAGAAGGUGCCGGCACGCACCUGAAAGUGCGGACAGCGGCCCAGAAACUCACCGGCAAAGUCCAGAUAGCAAACAUCCAGUAUUCAGAAUCCUUCCGCAAUGCCAGCAGCAAGGAAUAUCAGGACUUCCUAGAGCUGUUCUCCAGGAUGGUGCGGGACUCCUUGCCAGCCAUGCUGCGUCAGCAUAUGGACACAGGCAGGAUCAGAGUGGAUGUCACUGGCAUCACCAACGGCAGCAUCGUGGUGGAGUUUGAUCUGUUAAUAAUCGGGGACCUGGAUGUCAGGGAGGCAUCUGCCGCCUUCCUCGCUGCCUUACAGAACACGUCUGUGCUGGAGGUGGUCAGAGGCGACACCGUCCUACACGAUUUUGAUGAGUGUGGCAGAAAGGAGGAUGACUGUGCACCAGGGAUGUCCUGCCAGAACACCUUCGGGUCUUUCACUUGCAUCUGCGCGGGGGGAGCCCCUGAAUCGCAUGUGGAAUAUUCUGGAAGACUCUGUGAAGGUGGCUCUCCUGGCAACACAGUUCAAAUGCCUGGCCCAGGGCAGCCCACUCUUUUGACAGAGACCUGGGUUGCCCCAGUGCAAGGUACCAGCUCUGUGCCCCAGGACCUGCCCCUGCGGCUGAACCUGACGGACGCAGUUGGGGUGUUCUGUGAGAUUGAGAAGGUUGUCAUCGCCAUUGAGAAGCGCUUCCUGCAGCAGGAGGCCAUUCCUGAGGCCUCCCUGUACCUGGGAGAGCCCUCCUGCAAUGUGAGCGACAGCAACAGCACCCAUGUGCUCCUGGUGGCCAACUGGGGCGAGUGUGGGACCCUCGUGCAGAGUAAUAUGACCAGCACCGUGGUGAGGACCACGCUGAGGAAUGACCUGUCCCCAGAGGGUGUCAUCCACUACCUGCAGAUCCUGAGUCCCAUCCACUGUGCCUUCCGCAACGACUUACUGACGUCCUCCGGCUACACACCACAGUGGGGGGUCUACACCAUCAUUGAAGACCUCCACGGUGCUGGGAAUUUUGUCACUGAAAUGCAGUUGUUCAUUGGAGAUUCUCCCAUACCUCAAAACUAUAGCGUGUCUGCCAGUGAUGAGAUCAAGAUUGAAGUGGAGCUCCACAGGAAGAAGAGCAGCCUGAAGGUGGUGCUGACUGAGUGCUGGGCCACCCCCUCCAGCAACGCCGGGGACCCUGUCACCUUUGGUUUCAUCAAUAACAGCUGCCCUGUUCCUAACACCUACACCAGUGUGAUCCAGAACGGCGACUCCAGUAAGGCCCAGUUCAAGCUGAGAAUCUUCUCCUUUAUCAACAACUCCAUUGUAUACCUGCACUGCAAAUUACGGGUCUGCAUGGAGAGCCCAGAGGCCUCAUGCAAGAUAAGCUGCAGUGACUUCCGGCUGCUGAGAAAUAAUGAGGCGAUGCACCAGAUGACCUGGGGGCCCUUGUUUAGGUCUGAAGGUGCACCUGCACAGACAAGGCCAGGGCUGGGGACUGGUCCCACCCUCCUUAUUGCAGCGGCUGGGUUAACUGUGGUCGCGGGGGCCACGGUCCUUCUGAUCUUGCGCUACCAGAGGACAAGCCGGAAAUACAACCUCAAACUCCCAUCAGACAACUUUGGCUACCAGGCAUUCUCCCAGUAGGAGGCCCUGCUGCCCUGGAGGGCUCUGUUGGUGAUUGAUUCAUCAAGGAUUGACAGGAGUCUUCAUCAGGCAGUACUCUGUGGCAGCACAUGAUGACAGCAACCUCUAUGUGACCCCAAGAGACUGAGAGAGCAGGGCAACACCCAUCAGGCCGGUGAGCCGCUGGAGAUGUGGGCAGAGUGCUGGGGGUGGCCUGCACCUUCAAACCCAACACAAAUAUGGCUCCUCCGUCACCAAGCCACCUGUGUAGUCCAGCCUUCUGACCUUUGCCAUCAAAGCUUCCCAUGUGACCCUUGCCCACUGACAGCCAUCACCCAAAUGCUGUCAAUUACAUAAUGCAUCACAUCUUCAAAGACAUUUGACAGUGCCUCUGACGCUCCUUGCAAACAGGUUCAUCUGGUAACUCACUGCUAAUUGGUCUGGCACCUGUCCACGCUCCUCUAUGUGCCGUUGGAAGUAGUUCCCACUUGCACAGCCAUGACUCAAAACACACCAGAUUAAUAUGAGAAGCUUUCCAAAAAAGUGAAGGUCACAUGAUGUGUAGACAACACUCUCCCGUGUUUCCAGUCAUUUCUGCAGCUGUUUUUCCACAUAAUCCCAUUGAAGGGGAAGGCAUGGUGUACCCACCACACCACAGGAGAGCGGAGAGACACUAGGAGAGUCGUGUACUUAAGGUCAAACAGUGAGCCAAUGAGGAAAUGUAGGUAUUUUAUUCUAGAAUUUCCUUAAUUUUAUGAUGCUAAUAAACCUUGCUUCUUAUUGAUUUAAAACAGACUAGAGUUGAUUAGAGAGCUAACAUCUAAAAGCACACUGUUUUACAACAAUGUACACUGAAUUACAACAGGGUCUUAGCUUUUAAUUAAUGAGAUUAAUUUGUUGUCACUCAUACUGAACAUUUGGGGCAAGGAGGGUUUGAGUCCUAUGAUAUUCUCGGAGUGAGAGUGACAGCCAGGGAUAUGUGCGGCUAGUUGAUUAGAGCAAUAAAUUUCUCCUGGCUAGACCGUGA